AUAGUUUCCGUAUCUUUAUUUCCUGUGGUCUAUUAAAAAUUCCGCAGGCAGCCGUGCAAUUAUUUUUCUGCUGUGCAGUGAAUUAAUUUUUCAAAAUAUUUACUAUUUUCUUCUUCAAUUUUGAAUACGGCAUUGAAUUGUAUUUAUUCAUUAAUUUAGUAAUAUAGUGCUAAUAGUUUUAUAAUAUAAUCCAGUCACGUAUUUCUUCAAAGCUUUUGUCACAAUGGUGCAGAAAGGUCCCCGUCCUUUGGUGUUGUGCGGACCUUCGGGUUCUGGGAAAAGCACGUUGUUGAAGCGUCUUCUCAAAGAGUUUCCGGAUAAAUUCGGUUUCAGCGUGUCUCACACAACCAGAGGUCCUCGCCCCGGAGAAAAGGACGGUGUUCAUUAUCACUUCACUACCAAAGACGAUAUGGUAGCUGCUAUUGAAAAAGGUGAAUUUAUAGAGACUGCAACCUUCAGUGGAAACAUGUAUGGAACCAGUAAACGUGCAGUGGAAGAUGUCCGUUGUACAGGCAAAAUCUGCAUACUAGACAUUGAGAUAGAAGGUGUGAAACAGAUCAAACGCACAGACUUAGAUCCACUGCUUGUGUUUGUGAUGCCACCUUCUAUUGGGGAGCUAGAGAGGCGUUUGCGCGGACGAAACACUGAAGAUGAAGAUGCAUUAAAGAAAAGACUUGACACCGCAAGUCGAGAAAUUUUAUAUGGUCAGGAACCUGAUAACUUUCACAUUGUCAUAGUGAAUGACAAGUUAAGUAAAGCUUACUCUGAACUACGGGAUUUCAUUUCUCAGAAUAUGGUGGAGAAGAAAUCAGAACCAGAUGCAACACAGGAGUGAACAGCAUGCAAAAUUGCUACUAAUAUACCAGAAAGCUUGUUACCUUUGUUUUUAUUUUGUCUUGUUCUCUUGUGUACAUUACUUGGUGCAAUUGAUAACAUAGUGAAAGUAUUUUUUUUGAUAACCUGAUUAAAUUUCAAGUUAUCAAAAACCAUAAGGAGCCAAAACGAAUAUUAUAUUAGAAGUUAAUUUAUUUUAUAAAUAUUAUUUCGCGUAGAUACUCAGAUGUUAUUUUAUAAAAGUUAUAAAUGAUAACCCGUAAUUUAUUAAUUAAACAUUUAUAAGUAAAUAUGUCGUUAAACCAUAACGACAUAUUUACUAUUAUAUUACAGUAUGAACUAUUUGUAAAAUCUUACAUACUGUUUUGCUGUGCUGAUGAAAAAGGCGACUUUUUCUUAAACUGAGUUUAGACUUGUUCUGCAUCUGCAAAUGGAGCUCUACCUACGUCUUACUAAUUUGAUUCUAUGUAAGAAAAUAAAAGUCACCUUUUCCUUUUAAGCCAGUGUUUUAAUUACAGAGUCUCUUUGGUAUUUUUGUUAGAACUAUUUUUCUCAGAUACAUUGGCCAUCUUCAUGAAUAACGACUGUUUUUAAAAACAUCAAGUAUUUCUUGAUUUAUUCAGAUAAUUGAAUAACAUUUGCAUGUAAAUAUUUGGAUUAUCUUCGAUGAGUGUUUUUGUUUCGUGUCAUCAAAUAUUUAAUUUAUGAUCGAGUAGUAGUAUUACGUAGGAAUAGCGAAGUGGCAUUUCAAUUAAAUAUCGAAAAUGAUCGAUUUAUUAUCAAUUUGUAAUAUUAAUAAACUUGUGGAAUACUUAUUAACAGUGCAUAAAUAUGAUUGUUAUUUAAAAAAAGGAUCAAUUCAUGUUUUGAUACAUAUACUAUAUGACAUAACUUAAAAAAAAAGAUCAUUUCAUUAGGUCAACACACUAAAUAAUAUCUAAUUAAAUUAUAUAAAGAUGAAAUAUAUUAAAUAUUUUUACCAUUCCAUUAUUAUAGUUGAGUAAAAUUAUAUAAUAGAAAUCCAUAGGUUGAAUGUUUAUUAAAUCUUAAAAAUAUACCUCUAAUAAUUGCUAGAUAUACACAAAAAAUACAUUAAAUACGUACCUAUUAUAUAUGCAACACAUAACAUUUUCUUGGUGGUAUAUUAAAUAUACAAAUGUUCCUAUCUAAAAGUGCCCCAAUUCCCAAAAAUACAAACAAUAAGUAUUAUUGUGUAAAAAUAUAUCAGACGAGGCACACUUAUUUCUUCGUUUAAAAAAAAUAAUAAUUACACGGAUCCUUCGAUUACUACUUUUUAUUAGUGAUCGAAGCAUCGACCCCACCAAUUAGCUGUAGCGAAUUCCAUUCCAUUGCAAACUGUCGCUAGACCCAAACUUCCGACUUCCAACUUCUGUACUUUAUUUAUGGUGACAAAUAAUUUUCAAAAAAAAUUAACUUAGUAUUUCCUGUGGCAAUAUAAAAAAAAAAAA